AUGGAACAACGCCAGGCGACUUCUAAUCCCAGUGAUUCUUGUACCAAGGAGCAAACACCAGCCUCGAAGAACGAAAAAGCCACCCCGGAACCCGAGGUUCAGAAAUCCGUGGACGAUGAGGCUGGGGGCUUGGAAGACUCGAAAGACACCGAAAAGCAGCAGCCAUCGAGUCACGAAAGCCAAGAAUACUGCAUUCUGCCAGAAUGGCAAAAGAUUGCGUUGAUGCUCACAGCGUCUUUCGCCGCGAUCAUUUCUCCAAUCUCGAGCAGCAUCUACCUUCCGGCGGUCAACGUUCUCUCACGAGAUCUGGGCGUCUCCAUCUCAUUGAUCAACGUCACGAUCAGUACCUAUCUCAUCUUCCAGGGCAUCGCACCCUCCUUCACCGCAGCCUUAUCCGAAAACUUCGGUCGCCGGCCAGCAUACAUGAUGUGCUUCGUCAUAUACUUAGGCGCGAACAUCGGCCUCGCUCUCCAAAGCGAUUAUGCAGCCCUAGUGGUGCUGAGAUGCAUGCAAAGCUCAGGCAGCAGCGGGACGAUCGCGCUUGGAAGUGCGGUGGUGAGUGAUUUGGCUACCAGAGCGGAGAGAGGGAAGUACAUUGGAUAUGCUUCGAUGGGUGUUACUUUGGGUCCAGCCUUGGGACCGGUGAUAGGUGGCUUGCUAGAGCACUUCCUUGGCUGGAGAUCGAUCUUCUGGUUCUUGACAAUCUUCUGCGGAACCUUCGCAAUCAUCAUCGGAGUUGUGUUCAGAGAGACAUACCGCUCCAUCGUCGGCAACGGAUCCAUUCCGCCGCAGAAAUGGAAUCGAAGCGGGUUGCAGUGGGUCUCCCAAGACCUGCUUCACAGGAGUCUUCCCGAGCCAGACCACGACUCAUUACAGAAACGCAGAAAACGACCGAACCCUCUGAGCUCUCUUCUCAUCCUCCGCGAUCGAGAAACAUGCAUCAUAGCACUGUUCGGUGCCUCGCUAUUCGCAGGCUACUCAUCAGUCCUCAGCGUCCUCACAUCUCAGCUGGAAGCCCGCUACCAUUUCAACUCGAUCCAGAUCGGACUCUGCUAUCUGCCCCUGGGAUUCGGAAGUUUGACGUCGCGCUGGACUAUGGGCGUCCUGCUGGAUAGGAACUUCCGUCGUGAAGCCAAGAAGCAAGGCCUCGAAGUCAUCAAGAACAAACAGCAGAACAUCGCCGCUUUUGACGUGGAGAAAGCUCGCCUUGCGAUCACGAUACCCUUCGUCGUGGUUGCAGGUGCGAGCAUAGUUGCCUAUGGCUGGACCAUGGAGUUCGAUACACCGUUGGCGGCACCGCUGGUAGUGGUGUUCUUCACUGCGCAUUGCGCGACUGGUGCGUUUAGCAGUCUGAAUACCUUGGUGGUGGACAUCAACCGCGAACAGCCUGCUAUCGCCUCAGCUGCCAGCAACCUCACUCGGUGCUUGCUCGCUGCUGGAGCUGUGGCAGCUGCUAAUCCUCUGAUCGAUGCUAUCGGGAUUGGCUGGACGAGUACAAUCUGUGCGCUUGUUUGGGUGGCUUGUCUUCCGCUCAUUUGGCUUGUGUAUGCCAAAGGUCAUGAGUGGAGGAAGGCGAAAGCGCCAGGGGAGGCCGAAGUCUAG